UGUGACAGGGCCGGGCGAUAUAUUGGUCUCUUCCCUUUGUUUCUAAUCGCCAGGAUUCUCUCCUGCUUUGACUGAUUCACCUUAUUAAGGAGAACAAUGGGACCGACUCUUGGACAUUUUUCAAUGCUCUGCUGAUCAUUCACCCACUGCCUUUCUUAGUUUUUCCAAAAGAUACUACUUGACUAGCCCAAUCUUGCAAAAGCCAUGAGGCAUCAUAAAGGUGGCGAUAAAUUAGCUGCUGGGUCGACCCAGCAAAAAGUUAAACGGACUCGAAAGAGUUUGCCUAAGGACAAGCCCACUAUCAGCAAUGCCGGAAACCGAAGUUCGAUCUACAGAGGAGUCACCAAGCACAGAUGGACUGGUCGAUACGAAGCACAUCUGUGGGACAAAAGUUGCUGGAAUGAGUCCAAGAAAAAGAAAGGCCGGCAAGUUUAUCUGGGAGCCUACGAGGGCGAAGAGACAGCAGCACAUGCAUACGAUCUGGCUGCUCUCAAGUAUUGGGGUUCGGAAACAACAUUAAACUUUCCUUCGAGCACGUAUACCAAGGACCUGGAGGAAAUGCAAAAUAUCUCGAGAGAGGAGUACCUUGCUUCUCUCAGAAGGAGGAGCAGCGGUUUUUCAAGAGGUGUUUCAAAAUAUCGUGGGGUUGCCAGACACCAUCAGAAUGGACGUUGGGAGGCUAGAAUUGGCAGAGUAUUUGGUAAUAAAUACCUUUACCUAGGAACAUAUAGCACAGAGGAGGAAGCAGCUGCUGCAUACGACAUGGCUGCAAUUGAAUACAGAGGACUAAACGCUGUUACGAAUUUCGACCUGAGCCGUUACAUCACAUAUCUUCGUCCAGGCCAAGACAGCAUUAUCCCCAACACAACGGAGAACCAGAAUGAUGAUAACAAGAAGAAUAAUAGCGUAGAAGCAACUCCUCAAGCAGGAAGUUCAUCUCCAUCCCCAUCCCCAUCCCCAUCCCCAUCCCCAUCUGCUUCUACAGCUGUGGAGCUGCUGUUUCAAUCUAACAAAUUUAGGGAAAUGCUGGAGAGGAGUUCAGGAUUCCAACAUAGUAUGGAUCAGCCGGAGACAUAUGAAGGAAAGCAGGAAUCCAGCUACUCAGAUGAUAUUGAAUUUCUGUUUGAGGCCUCCGACAUACUUAAUCUCCAGUCUGAUCCAGAUAUGAGCUGUCUUGGUGAGAUGACAGGAAAUAAUAGUAUGAAUAUAUUUCAUGGCAUUCAAGCAGAUAUGCAAAUUCAAAUCCCAAUUGGCUUACAGAUGUGUAGCAGCGACAGCGAACUUGAGCUGGAAGUGGAUACUCAAGAUUACUCCCUCAUGCAGGACUGCCUACAAUAAUCAGCACCUACUCUUGAUCACAGAAUGUAUUGAAAUUCUUAAAAACCAAGAGCUCUUGAAAUACAAGCGGAUGAUUCGUCUGUGCAUUUGGGUCUUUUAAUAAUCGAAGCUACCAGGUGUCUUAGUGUCCAAGCAGUGGAACAAGGAAAGGAAAAUGAGUCUAUCUUUUCCUUUACUAUGUACAUUACCUGGAAUCUAACUCUAGAUGUAUAUGUGCAUUGGCGGUGUUUCAUUGUUU